AUGAAUAAUAAUAAUAAUCAAACUACUAGACUUCCAUCAAAUGAACCAGAUCGAUCUAAUUGUAUCAUUGGGAUAAUAAGAAAGCAUUUGACUACAGAGCCUUGGAAACAAGUAGCAAUCAAUGAUGGUGAUAAUGUUGAUUAUGCUACAAGAAUAUCGAUUAAAGAUAGUUCAAAGGGUUAUGACAAUGAUGUAUAUAUCGUAUCAUAUGGCAUUCCCAAUGAACCAGACUACGAUAGAGUAGUACUAAGAUUGCCUAGAGAUUGCUCUGAAGGCCCUGCAAUGCAUACUGCUAGAAUGCAAGCCGCAAUGCUUUCAUUGCUAAACAAACAUAUGUUGCCAGUGCCACGACUGUUGGCAGAGACAGAGAACUAUGUGAUCGAGUCAUUUAUCGAAAGUUGCGACCUGUCAGAUAUAUACACGACUCCGUUGGACAUGCCGACGCAUGCCAUCAAGAGUGUAUUCAACCGUGUUGGAGAGAUACUGCGGCAGUUUCAUUGUGUCCCGCGUCCGUCUAGCGCAACAGGCUAUGGCGAGCUCAUCAACGAGCAGUUUCAAGGCGCACUCCCAGACUGGUUGACAUUCUUUGACAGGGACAUUCCCAAUCAGAUAGCGAGCUGUCAGUCUCGAGGGCUCUUUGACCUGGCUCUGCAUGGCCUGAGCAGCCAGGAUGAGGCGGCCAUCACACUCACCAAAUACUUUGAGAGCGUCAAAGAAUAUCUCAAGAAGUUCGAUCGUCCAUGCAUUGUACAUGCCGAUAUGUGCAGUGGAAACAUACGUGUAAAGACCAAGGAGGAAGAAGACAACAAUCAGUCGGUAACUGUGGUUGGCAUCAUUGACUUUGCCGACUGUCUUGCAGGCGAUGGACUCUAUGACAUUGGAAGAAUACUAUCACAUUGUUAUGGAGACUGGCGAUUCGUCGAGGCUAUUGAAGAGAGAUAUUGUAAUAACAGUGUUGACGACGGUCGCUGUGGAGCAUUCACAGAGGAACAAAAGGCAAUGAUCAAGUUCUAUGCCUUUUCCUUCUGCAUUUGGCUAAUGGAUAUGCUUGGUGAUGAUCAAGAAUCAGUACAAAAGUAUAACCGAAUAUUGAAGAAUCUAAAGAUUCUUGGACAAUCC